AAAUGGCUGCAUCUUCUUCUCUCUCACUCUCCUCAAAUCACCAUUGAAAAAUUUGAAGCAAACUGUUUCUGUUCACACUCACUAAAACAGAGGAAAAAAAAUGGUCCCUUCCGCCGCCUUCCUGUCCCUGCAACCGCCGCCUCUCCGCUUCUCCAAGAGCCCCACCGCCUGCAUGGCGGCGGCGCCGGCGUGCCUGGGGUUCAAGAACCUGCUGGAGACGUAUGCGGUGAGCGUUCAGCGCGCGGAGGGGCGCGCGCUGAACGUGCCGCUGCUGGCGUCGGCGCGGCUGGACGGCGUGGAGAAUGUGGCCGUGCGGGUGGAGCUCCGCAACGGCUGCGUCGGGUGGGGGGAGUCGCCGGCGGAGGAUCAGGCCGCGGCCCUGGCCGCGGUGGCCGUGGCUUGCCGGGCUCUGCUUGAGAGCCCUGGCAAGAGCUUGGCCAUUGUUCUUGCUGAGAUUGGUGGGAUGCUUCCUGGCCAUUCUUUUGCUUCUGUCAGAGCAGGGAUCGAGAUGGCAUUGAUCGAUGCAGUUGCAAACAGCAUCGGAGUACCUCUAUGGAGACUGUUCGGUGGAUUCUCAAACGCGAUAACAACAGAUAUAACAAUUCCAAUAGUUUCCCCAACCGAAGCAGCAGAGCUGGCUUCAAAGUAUCGCGUUCAAGGUUUCAAGCAUUUGAAGCUCAAAGUGGGGAAGAACUUGUCUGCUGACAUCGAAGUUCUUAAAGCUAUACGCACAGUCCAUCCCGACUGCUUGUUCAUUUUAGAUGCUAACGAAGGUUAUAGCUCUGAAGAAGCCAUUCAAGUUCUCCAAAAGUUACACGAAAUGGAGGUGACGCCUAUUCUUUUCGAACAACCAGUUCACAGAGAUGACUGGAAAGGCCUUGGUCACGUUAGUCGCGUUGCCAGGACCAAGUAUGGGGUAUCUGUUGCUGCUGAUGAAAGUUGCCGUAGUUUAGAUGAUGUGAAGAAAAUAGUGAAGGAAGACCUUGCACACGUAGUCAACAUCAAGCUCGCCAAAAUGGGAGUGAUUGGGGCUCUCGAGAUCAUUGAUCUAGCAAGGGAUUCCGGAUUGGAUUUGAUGAUCGGUGGUAUGGUCGAAACAAGGCUUGCUAUGGGCUUUGCCGGUCAUUUGGCAGCUGGUCUCGGGUGUUUCAAAUUCAUUGACCUCGACACUCCCCUCUUACUAGCAGAGGAUCCUGUUCUCGGAGGCUAUGAAGUUUGUGGCCCGGUUUACAAGUUCACUAAUACUAGAGGUCAUGGCGGUUUUCUGCAUUGGGACAAUAUUUGCUGAUAAGAUGAUGAAGCUCACUGCUCUGGCCUUGGUUGGAUGGUGGGAUAGUUAUUAGUAAUAUUGUGUUGUUAACUUUAGAAUACAUAAAUAUGUAAUAUGACAUAGUUAAUGUAUGGAAUUUCCAUUUGUGUAGUAGCAGGAAUGGGCUGUGAAUGAUGACGAUGAUCACUGUAGUAACUUUGGCUAUAUAUAUAACUUGAUGAGUUGAGAGUUCGCAUUUA